AUGGCCGGUCUCAUCAUUCCAUGCCAGCCCUCAGACGAGGACCUCCAGGUCCUCGAGAUGAAGAUCCAUUAUCGUUUCACCAACCGUCUUCUGAUCCGCGAGGCACUGCAAGCCAGCAGCGGCUUCAACCAGGAUGGCAACAAGACUCUUGCCAUGAUCGGCGACUCCAUCCUCCGCUUAGUCCUUGUGACCCAUGGCUACUAUGGAAAACAGAUCAGAGGUCAAAUUUCGGAUACGAUCAGCAAGAAGGCUAGCAAUGCCAAUCUUUCCAAGCAGGGAUUCGAUCUCGGGAUUGACAAAUUUAUCGUCAAAAACUCGCAGCCUUUCGUCGGACCUAAUGUCAUGGCCACUACCAUGGAGGCCAUUGUCGGGGCAGUGUAUGUCGACUGCAAUCAGCAGAUCCAACCAUGUGCUGUUGUCAUGAGUGCUUUGGGUGUUUGUUGGUCUUAG